AUGGCAAUCUCAAACCCAAAGCCUCAAAUAAUCCCCAUGUGUGUUCUCGUGAUCUUCGUCUCCUUCCUCAUGCUGGCUCACAAUGUGAAUUCAGCUUCCUUCAAGUUCGACAAUUUCUCACCUUCCACACGCAAUGACAUCACCUUCCAAGGCGAUUGCUUCACAUCAAACAACGCUCUGCAACUCACAAGUGCUCUUCCCAAUAGAGCCGGAAGGGCCUCGUACUCAGCGCCAGUGCAGAUUUGGGAUGCCAAAACAGGGAAGCUAGCUUGGUUCACCACUACCUUCUCCUUCGUCUUGGGACCUACAAGCUCAGGACUGUUCGGUGAUGGAUUUUCCUUCUUCUUAGCUCCGUUCACAUCCACCAUUCCACAGAACUCAUAUGGUGGAUAUCUCGGACUCUUCAGUGCUGAAACUGCCCUGAACUCCUUCAAGAAUCAGAUUGUUGCCGUUGAAUUUGACACUUUCGGGAACUCGUGGGACCCAGCAUUUCAGCAUAUUGGGAUUGACAUAAACUCUAUAGCUUCAGUGUCAACCGUGGCACUGCCUAGUGUUAAUGUCCAGAGUGGAUUAAUUGCGUUUGCUGUGAACUAUGAGCCAAACCAGAAGAAUCUGAGUGUGAUUCUGACUCACCCUCAGAGCAGAGUGAACGUGACAACCACAAGUCUCUCGUUUACGAUUGACUUGAGGACCAUUCUACCGGAAUGGGUUAGAGUUGGGUUCUCUGCCUCCACGGGACAGGUUGUGGAACUACACAAGAUUCUUACGUGGAGUUUCAGUUCCAGCUUCAACUAG